AUGGCUGUCUUGUUCCUGGUGCCACUUCUGGUCCUGCCCAUUUUUCUCCUGGGACUGCUCGUCUGGACUAUCUUUAAGCAUUUCUUCAUCAUAGAAGUUCCCUCUGCCCUGAAACAUCCUGUCAAAUUCAGAAUUCUGGACUGCCUAAUUGAAUACGCAGUCACUUUGCCCACCAAAGUGGGAGGAGACCAGAGGAGGAACAGAUAUAGGAAAUCACCCCAUGCCCCCAUAGUGGCUGCUUUUCCUGAGCUUGUGGAUGAGAUGUUGGGCACUUCUCAUGGGACACCUAGGGUCUGUUCUUGUGUUGCAGAUUUUUACCAUAAUGUGUGCAGUUUUCUGGCUCGGGAAACCGAUUCUGUGCUAUUGGCAGUGGGGUACCGGAAGUUUCCUCAGUACCAUUACCCUGUCAUUGCUGAUGACUGUCUGAAUGCCUCCAUUCACUUCCCGAGGACACUGAAAACCUAUGGGGUGGAUCCUUCCCGAGUGGUGGUCUGUGGGGAUAGCACUGGUGGAGCAGCUGUGACCCAUAUUACUCAGGUCUUACUGGGACAAACAGAUCUUCCCCAGAUCCGGGCUCAAAUCCUGAUUUAUCCAAUUGUGCAGAGUAUCAAUUUCCAGUUACCAUCCACUCAGCAGUACCAAAAUGUCCCAUUCCUCACCCAGGACUUCUUGAUGAUGUGCCUUUGUAAAUAUAUGGCCAUUGAUCCAUCUUGGAAAGAUGCCAUAUUGAAAGGUGUAUAUAUACCACCAGAUGUCUGGAAGAAGUACAGGAAAUGGCUGAGUUAUGACAAUAUCCCCAAGAGCUUCAAGAACAAAUACCGGGAACCUCACUUUCCUGGGCCUUUUAAUGAGGCAGCUUAUCUGGAAAUGAAACAUUUAUUUGUUGUAGAAAACCAAUCACUUCUUGCAGAUGAUGAAAUCAUCGCUCAGCUUCCUGAGGCCUUCCUGGUGAGCUGUGAGAGUGAUGUCCUGCGUGAUCACACUUUGCUCUACAAGAAGCGCUUGGAAGACCAGGGGGUCCCAGUGAGCUGGUACCAUGUGAAGGAUGGAUUUCAUGGAUGCAUAAAUUUAUUUGAUAGGAAGCCUUUCUCUUUCCCUUGCUCCCAGAAAAUUUUAGAUGCUGUAGUCAGUUACAUAAACAGCAUAUAA